CCUAAGAGAGCCUUCCUGAGCAGGCUAUUUUUGGCCCUCGUGACAGUGAUUGAUAGCCUGUGGGAAGGUAUAAAAGCAGCUGCCUGCUGCGGUCCCUCAGAGAGCUCAGCGGAGAGCCUGCCGCGGUGAGCUGUGGGACCCGGUAGGACUCAGUGUAUCGUCCUCCUCCCGGCCACCCCACGCUGGACCCCCUGCCGGACCCUCCUCCCUUCGGCCCCCAAGCUCCCCAGGGGCUUCCUGUGGACUGCACUGUCCCUGCUCAUCCUUUCUCCUGCCACCCUCAAACCUCCUCGGCUCCAGGUUGCUGCCUCCUCUCACCAGAGUGAUGAGGUCCCGGCUUCUGCUCUCCGUGGCCCAUCUACCCACAAUUCGGGAGACCACAGAGGAGAUGCUGCUUGGGGGGCCUGGGCAGGAGCCUCCGCCCUCCCCUGGCCUGGAUGACUACGUGAGGUCCAUAUCUCGACUGGCACAGCCCACCUCUGUGCUGGACAAGGCCACAGCCCAAGGCCACUCCAGGCCACCCCACAGGCCAGCCCAGGCCUGCCGGAAGGGCCACCCCACUGUGUCCCUGCGGGACAUCACUGCACGUUUCAGUGGCCAGCAGCCCGCACUGCCCACGGCCGAUGCUGUGGACCCCCUGGACUGGCUUUUUGGGGAGUUCCAGGAAAAGCAGCCAAGCCGGAGGGACCUGCCACGGACUGGCCCCUCUGCUGGCCUCUGCGGUCCGCACAGACAUGUGGACAGUGGCAAGGCCAAAGGGGCCCCCAGACGAAGGCUCUGUGAAGCCAGGAUGCCUGGGCACUCCCUGGCAAGACCGCCACAGGAUGGGCAGCAGAGCUCUGACCUGAGAAGCCGGACUUCUGGGCAGCCUGGCCAGGACACAGCCUCCCCCCGCAGUCCCCGCCCGGGCAGUGUCCUCAGAACUCUCUACCUGCACCUCCCAGUUAUCCAUGAACUCUGACCCCUCCCCAAUAAACACUUCUGUAAAGAGCA